AUGGAGGAGGAGGAUAGUGGGAUGCAGCCUGCUUUGUGGUUGGGUGGUAUGAUUGUGGCCUACAAGAUAGUGCCAGAUGAAAUAGAUGAAAUCAAGGAAACUCUGGUGGACUGGUGCGACGAAAAGGAGCUUAACCUCAUUUUAACCACGGGCGGUACCGGUUUUGCGCCAAGAGACGUCACACCAGAGGCCACUAAGGAGGUGAUAGAGCGUGAGGCUCCGGGGAUGUCGCUGGCAAUGUUGAUGGGGUCCCUCAACGUCACACCACUCGGCAUGCUUUCCAGACCCGUGUGUGGCAUCCGAGGGAAGACGCUCAUCAUUAACUUACCAGGAAGUAAGAAAGGCUCCCAGGAAUGCUUCCAGUUCAUCCUGCCGGCGCUGCCCCACGCCAUCGACCUCCUGCGUGACGCCGUGGUGAAAGUAAAGGAGGCGGCGGACGAGCUGGAGGACCUGCCGUCGCCGCCGCCGCCUCUCUCGCCGCCACCCAACAGUUCGCCACGGCGUCAGACGGAGGACAAGGGCGUGCAGUGCGAAGAUGAGGACGAGGAGAAGAAGGACAGCGGCGUGGCGUCCACGGAGGACAGCAGCUCCUCCCACAUCACCGCAGCCUCCAUCGCCGCCAAGAUCCCCGACGCCAUCAUCUCGCGGGGUGUCCAAGUGUUGCCCAGGGAUACGGCCUCGCUCAGCACCACGCCCUCGGAGUCGCCUCGCGCUCAGGCCACCUCCCGCCUCUCCACCGCUUCCUGUCCCACACCCAAAGUAUGUACACACACUCUGCAGCGUCCGCGCCUCGCUCGCACUGCCACAGUGGUUUGGGACUGA